AAAAUGAUCCCACCCUUCUCCCACUUCAUCUCUUGUACUUUCUCCCUCCAAACGAUCAUCUUUUCUACUCUUUGCCACCCACAUUCUUUUAGCUCUCCCCUGUUUUCUUCCUUUUGUCACCGCAGUUUCAUCUGCUGCCAUGGCGGUAGCAGAGCUUUCUCCUUCAUAUAAAACCCAACUUAAACCUUCCCAAAUUUUACCCUUAUCUUCUCGCUUUUCUGGUCACCGUAAAGUCACUCUUCAGGCUCUUCCUCGAGCAUCAAGGAAUACUGGGAUUCGUUGCUCCGUAGCUCCCAACGAGGUUCAAACUCCGAUUGCCGGUCAUACAGGAGGGAAGACCAGCAAGCCUGAGUGCUAUGGGAUUUUCUGCUUGACUUAUGAUUUAAAGAAAGAGGAAGAGACAAAAUCAUGGAAAAAGUUGAUCACUAUUGCUGUUUCAGGAGCAGCUGGGAUGAUAUCAAACCAUCUUUUGUUCAAACUUGCUUCUGGUUUGGUUUUCGGACCAGAUCAACCAAUUGCUCUGAAAUUGCUUGGAUCUGAAAAGUCACUGCAAGCGCUUGAAGGAGUAGCUAUGGAGCUUGAGGACUCCUUAUAUCCAUUGUUGAGGGAAGUUAGCAUUAGCAUUGAUCCUUACGAGGUGUUUCAAGAUGCUGAAUGGGCCCUUCUGAUUGGGGCAAAGCCUCGUGGUCCUGGUAUGGAACGAGCUGGAUUAUUGGACAUAAAUGGAAGGAUUUAUGCUGAGCAAGGGAAAGCACUCAAUGCUGUAGCAUCACCUAAUGUAAAAGUCAUUGUGGUCGGCAAUCCCUGCAACACCAAUGCGUUGAUCUGCUUAAAAAAUGCGCCAAAUAUACCAGCGAAGAAUUUUCAUGCCCUGACCAGAUUAGAUGAAAAUCGCGCGAAAUGUCAGCUGGCUCUGAAAGCUGGUGUCUUCUAUGACAAGGUAUCCAAUAUGACCAUUUGGGGAAACCACUCAACCACUCAGGUGCCAGAUUUUCUAAAUGCCAAAAUUGAUGGGAUACCUGUGAAAGAGGUUAUUAAGGACCACAAGUGGUUGGAAGAGGAGUUCACUGUGAAGGUUCAGAAGAGGGGUGGAGCACUAAUUCAGAAAUGGGGUAGAUCUUCAGCAGCAUCAACCGCCGUGUCAAUUGUUGACGCUAUAAAAUCUCUUAUAACCCCAACUCCACCGGGAGACUGGUUUUCUUCUGGGGUGUAUACUAAUGGCAAUCCUUAUGGUAUCGCUGAGGAUCUUGUCUUCAGUAUGCCCUGCCGAUCAAAGGGAGACGGUGAUUAUGAGCUUGUCACAGAUGUGAUAUUUGAUGACUAUCUAUGCAGGCGAAUAAAAAAGUCUGAAGAGGAAUUAUUAGCUGAAAAGCGAUGCACAGCACACCUUAUUGGAGAGGGUAUUGCUGUUUGCGACCUUCCCGCAGGAGACACCAUGCUUCCAGGAGAAAUGUAGACUUAAUAGUAUCCAUCAAUCCAACAACCAUCAUCCCACUUUAUCUUACUUGUAGGAUUUCUGCUAUCAUGUUGUGAUCAGAGAUUUCAGAUGAAUAAUGGAGCUUCGACGCCAUUAAUUAAGAAACAAUGUGGUUUGUUGAUGUUAA